UCAUCUGUGUUGUUCUUCCUUGUCCUCAUCAGUAGCUUAACUUAACAUCCUUUCAGCUGCAAGCGGCUUGGAAUCGAACCUCGGUAAGAGCCGAUGAGAGAGAGAUAGCCGAUGGCUGGACACAGGUUGUGGCUGCUCCAGCACAGCUCGCCGGCUUCGUUCCAGAUUUGCAAGCCACGCAACAGUGGUUUGUCGUUGAGCAGGAGUUUUUGCAAGGUGUACAGCAGUGGUGGUGGUGGUGGUGGUGGUGAAGAUGGAGGGGAUAAGAAUGCACAGGAUGCUCUGGUGGAAAUAGUGAGGCUCCAGAAGGGACAGAUUGAAGUGGACGAGUUUGUCAAGGAGAGGGCCGAGCUGCUCAAGAACAUCGCGGAGGGAGCCAAUGACGAGUACCAGAGGAUUGCCGACGAUGUCAACAAAGGCCUGGAGGAGAUUGGCUCCAAGGUGAUUGAGAGCAUGGAAGCCGAUGUUGGCGAGCUCGAGCAAGAGAUGGCACAAAGCAGAGCACAGAUUGAAGCCGACGAGCGUGAAUUCGCUGAGUUUGAGAAGAAGCUCGUCCAGGACAGGAGCGAGGGCCUUUUUUUCAAGUCGCUCUAUCAGCCGCUCAAGAAAUCGAGGAAGCCACCGGCGGCCAGUCACCAAUUGAUGGAGGAGCAGACGAAGAAAGUCGAGAAGGUGACCAAGCGAGCUGCGAAAUCGUCGUCCAGGAUCACAGUGUAUGCCGCUCUAGCCAUACUGCUGACGUUGACGAUCGUGGAAGCCAUUGCGACUGGCGAGGAGCUGUACAAGGUUGGUAUUUACUCGGCGCUGCUACUGUGCUUAGCGUUGCAAUUUGGAUACGAGAGGCUCUUUGCCAACCAGAGCGAGGUGGACAAGCCAAAGGAUUGAAUGUCCGCACCUCCAGCCGCGUCAUGCUGUUAGAGCCUCUACCUCCUUUUGUUUCCUUGCUUUUCUUUUGAUUAGCUUUACCGGAGGUGACUGCAAGGAAAGAAAUGAGGAAAGAAAUGUUGAAAGGAAGUGUAUAAAGUUAUGACCUCUUCUUGGGA